CCUUGUUAUUUUCAUUCUCCUGGAUGUGCGUCUCGCCAGGACAUCAUUUAGAACGUUCGGCGAUAAAAUAAUCUCAUUAACAACGGAACAAAAAUACUUUCUGAAUAUAUACACCAUAUCGAAAUACAUGCAUUAGAGUUAACGAUGCAUUAAGACGAUUCAGAUUUGGGGCGUCUUUUUUUUUUUCUGCGCACAAAGCGAUGUGGAGCAAAUAAGGAUCCUGAUACGCUGGAACUAGAGAGUGUAGAGAAUGGGCUGUGUACAAUGUAAGGACAAGGAAGCAGCGAAACUCACGGACGAGCGGGACACGAGUAUCACGCAGAGCUCAGGAUACCGCUAUGGGGCCGACCCCACGCCGCAGCACUACCCCAGCUUCGGGGUCACCGCCAUCCCCAAUUACAACAACUUCCACGCUCCCGUCGGACAGGGGAUAACCGUCUUCGGAGGGGUCAACUCAUCCUCCCAGUCUGGGACCCUGCGCUCCCGCGGGGGGACAGGAGUCACACUGUUUGUGGCACUUUAUGACUACGAGGCCAGGACCGAGGACGACCUCAGCUUCAGGAAAGGAGAGAAGUUUCAAAUUCUCAACAGCACGGAAGGUGACUGGUGGGAAGCUCGCUCUCUCACCACCUGUGGAACCGGUUACAUCCCCAGCAACUAUGUUGCUCCAGUGGACUCCAUCCAGGCUGAGGAUUGGUACUUUGGAAAACUGGGCCGGAAGGAUGCGGAAAGACAGCUUCUAUCCAAUGGCAACCCACGGGGAACAUUUCUCAUCCGCGAGAGCGAAACCACCAAAGGGGCUUUCUCCUUAUCCAUACGAGACUGGGAUGACAUCAAAGGGGACCAUGUGAAACAUUAUAAGAUUCGUAAGCUGGACAGCGGAGGAUACUAUAUAACCACCAGAGCACAGUUUGAGACACUUCAGCAGCUGGUGCGGCAUUACUCAGAACGUGCCGCAGGACUCUGCUGCCGAUUGGUGGUGCCCUGCCACAAGUGGAUGCCCCGCCUCGCCGACCUGUCUGUCAAAACCAAAGAUGUGUGGGAGAUCCCGCGGGAGUCAUUGCAGCUCAUUAAACGCUUGGGCAACGGCCAGUUUGGGGAGGUCUGGAUGGGUACAUGGAACGGCACUACGAAGGUGGCCGUGAAAACCUUAAAACCUGGAACCAUGUCCCCCGAGUCCUUCUUGGAGGAGGCGCAGAUCAUGAAGAAGCUGCGGCACGACAAGCUGGUACAGCUGUAUGCCGUGGUAUCGGAGGAGCCCAUCUACAUCGUCACUGAGUACAUGAGCAAAGGGAGUCUGCUUGAUUUCCUGAAAGACGGAGAGGGCCGAGGACUGAAGUUGCCCAAUCUGGUUGACAUGGCUGCUCAGGUGGCUUCAGGUAUGGCCUACAUUGAAAGGAUGAACUACAUACACAGAGACCUGCGGUCAGCUAACAUCCUCGUAGGUGACAACCUCGUGUGUAAGAUCGCCGACUUCGGGCUGGCUCGGCUAAUUGAGGACAACGAAUAUACCGCACGGCAAGGUGCCAAAUUCCCCAUCAAGUGGACCGCCCCAGAGGCUGCGCUCUAUGGAAAGUUCACGAUCAAGUCAGACGUGUGGUCCUUCGGAAUCCUCCUUACGGAACUGGUGACCAAGGGUCGAGUGCCCUAUCCGGGGAUGAACAACCGGGAGGUGCUGGAGCAGGUGGAGCGGGGCUACCGCAUGCCUUGCCCUCAGGACUGCCCCAGUUCGCUGCACGAGCUCAUGCUGCAGUGCUGGAAGAAGGACCCCGAGGAACGGCCCACCUUUGAGUACCUGCAGGCCUUCUUGGAGGACUACUUCACUGCUACCGAGCCGCAGUACCAGCCAGGGGACAAUCUGUAAGAGCAACCAUGAGAGGGAGCUGCUGUACUUCCCCCAGUGCCACCAGAAGAUGACUUGCAGGGAACAUGUUGUCAAGGUAGAAGGCGCACCGGUCCGAAGAAAUCAUUCAGCUUCCAGCUUUCUGCAACUCGUUGACGUGCACCCCCGGCACCUGACAUGAGUUUAAACGGGGCAACGAACUCGAAGGCGAAAUGAAAGUGUUGCGAAAAGCGCAGUGCAGUCAAACGUGACAAUGUGACAGUGAAAUGCCUGUAUUUAGUGUAAAUACGAUUUGCUUGUUUACUUAUCUGCUGUUUUGUGUUUUUAAUUUUGCCUGUUUUUUUAAUACUGAGUUUUUGUCCAAGACAGUAAUACCGAAUACAAAAAAAUGUUGAGAGUAAAUAUUAAAAACAUGCAACACAAUAUUCUGAAAUUCUUCCCAGAGUGUUAA